AUGCAGCAUCAACUUCCGGACCGCAGCGGGAAACUCCCUCGAAGCGACCCAGACCAACCUGCCGGACUGUUUCAGCAUUCUGCUGCUGCAUCUCGCCACUCUUCGGGCGUCCACCUGGGUUCGGCGCAGCGAGCAUCCUUCCACCACGCCUCAGACCCACGCGCCAAUGCACUGGUUCUAAGACAGGCAUCCAAGCCGUUCACGUUGCCGUUGCAGGGUUGA